UCGUGACGACUGUCGCCGGGACGUAAAAGACCUGUCUGCGACCACUGCAACCGCAUUUCGAUUUUCGACGACAAGGAAAAUGAAUCUACUCUUGGUAACAUUCCUUGCCACUCUUGCCGUUCUGGCAAGGGCUAAGUCAGAAAUGAAUCUUGCUGUUUUCGUUUGUUGGUUGUUUCUUCGCAUCGAAUCAGCAACAGCGACACGAUGCUUAAGUUGUGCAACAAUGCCUAGUAGUGUCCCAUGUUUUACAACCACAAACUGUCCAAGCGGUCAAGAAUGCUAUGCUAAAUACGUGUUGAAGCCUGAUGGAACGGUAAUGUACGAAUUCGGUUGUCACAAUAGUCAGACUUGCCCCGGCCAGAUGGGUACCCAUGCUUUAAUUGGCAAGAGUGCAACUGGCGAUAGAGAACUGUGCUAUAAAUGUUGCCAACGAGAUAUGUGUAAUCAAGGCACACUUUGUACAGCGACAACUUCAACAACAUCACCUUUCUCCGCUAUUUUAACGACCGCAGCACCUACAGCCCUUCAAAAUCCGUGUUCCCCAAGCCCCUGUGUUCAUGGAUCGUGCUUUAUAAGCAGCGCAAACCUUCUCACAUUUUUCUGCGUGUGCCCAAAUGGCUUCGAGGGAGUCCAUUGUGAAAAAUCACAUACGAACCCUGUCAAUCCGUGUUCCCCUAGCCCCUGUGUUCAUGGAUCGUGCUUUAUAAGCAGCGCAAACUCUCUCACAUUCUUCUGCAUGUGCCCGAAUGGCUUCGAGGGAGUCCGUUGUGAAAAAUUUACUACGACCACUAUUUCAACGAUUACAUACACAACAACAAAAUCACCACCACCAACAACAGCAGGGAAGGUCAAUUUAAACAAGUAG